AUGCAGUGGUCCAAGCCCGCAUCCACACCUCGGCGCCUUCCGAACCCGACACCACCCCGUUUCGAAGAAAAUGCAAACGUGACUCCGAUCCAUUGGAUUCACAACUCGUCCAUCUCGCCCUGGACUGAGACAUCCCAUCCCCGCCCCGUCUCCGAUCAGCCAGCCGGCCGGCCGUUUGUCUAG